GGGAAAUCUGAACUGGUACUCCCUCCAGCCACUCAAAGCUACAACUUUGAACUUACUAUAAUGUUAAUAAUCAAUAAUCUAAUACAUAAAUUAUUAUUGUAAUGUUUUCUGUUAGUGUUUUUACUUUUUAUCAUCUGUUAUGAAAAAUAAAAUGUAAAAAAUAGUAAUUGGAAUACCCAUUGGUAUAAUAUGACGUUUUGUCGUUUACCUAAUAUAUGAUUUUGUUUGAAAAUUGAAAUAAUUAUUGUAAUUACUAAUUGAACAUCUAUGUAGAUUAAUAGAUUGAGUAUUUUGGAAAUUAUUGUUAUUAAUGGCUGGGUUAGAAUCAUUCAAUAUGGACUUCCAGAGACACCGACCCUCAAGGAGUAUAUCAGAACACCCUUCGCAGCUACACCAGAAUUUUCAGGACACCGAAAUGAUCAGACGACAACACCGUGAAACACUCAUGGAAAUGUCUAAAAACAAAGAUAUCCUAGUCAAUGAUACUGUGAACAAAUGUCUAAAACCAACGUGUCUAAUAUUGCAGCAUGUUGUGAGCUAUCCAUUUAUUGUGUUGCGAAGACAAUGCCAGUUACAUUAUGCAUCAACUCGUUAUCAUAUUGUGCCAUUUACAUUAAUUCCAGUAGUAUAUAGACUUGUCAAGACUCAAGGAAUUGGUGUUUUAUGGAAAGGAUUUGGAACAGUUUUACUAAUCAAAGGAAUAACAAUGGCAAUUGAAGCAUUAUUGUCAGAACUCUUUGAUUUACCAAAAGAUACCAAUUCAAUAAAUAAUUCAAAAAGUUUUGGAAAACAUAUUAUAUUAAAAUGUGCAAGUUUGAGUAUUAUCACUCCAUUUUAUUCAGCAUGUCUAGUAGAAACCGUUCAAAGUAAUAUUGCUAGUGAAAAAACUGCAUUUUAUGAUGUCUUUAAAGAAGGUUUCAUUAGACUUCUUCAAUGGAACUGUCCACAAAAAGGUCGAAUGUUACCAGUUUGGAUUAUAGUUGUGCCUACAGUAACAUAUGGAGUUUUAAGAUACAUAACUAAUUUAUUAGUUGGUAAAAGUGUAAAACACUUAUUAAUUAUGUAUGAGCUACGAAUCUGCAAGACUGAAGUUAUUUCAAAAGAUUCUGAUUCUCCAUCUUCUAUUGAUGACCAACUGGAAGCAGUUUCAGAUUUAACAGCUUCUGCAUUCAGUGAUGCUGUUCUUUUUCCUUUGGAGUUAGUUAUGCACCGUCUUUAUUUGCAAGGGACAAGAACUAUUAUUGACAAUUUAGAUACCGGAACUUCUGUAAUGCCGAUUUUAACUGGUUAUGAAGGGCCAUUAGACUGUUUUGCGACAACUGUUGCACAAGAAGGGCGAUUAGGUUUAUUUAAGGGAUUUGGAGCAUUGUUACUUCAAACAUCAUUAAUAGUAAUUUUGUAUAAAGUAGUGAAAAUAAGCCUUGUAAAAGUGGUUGAUGCUUAUGCCUCUACAUCAUCAAAUCAAUCGCCACAAGCUGUAAUUAAUAAACCUAAUAAUUCAAUUAAUACACAAGAGCAGUCCAUUAUACCAGAUUUUAGACCUUUAAUGCGAUCCACUUCUUUUAUGAUGUAAAUUUUUUAUUAAUUCUUAUCACUUCAAUAAAUUUGUUAUACUCACAUUGUAGCACUUAUUUUAGUCAUAUAACUUUUAAAAAAAAACAUGUGUCCUUAAUAUAAUUUUAAUAAAUUAGAAACAUUUAAAUACAAAA